GUUCACAAUGAUAUAGCCUUUCUAAGUUUAACUAAGUUCAGAAGUGGUGUGGAAGGAUGAUAGAAUUCCAUAUCCAGAAUUUACAAAUAUAAACCUCAGGGUAGGUUUAUUUUUUAUUAUAGCCCCCUCCGCAGGCAUCUCUUAUGUAUUCAUAUUAUGCAUUUAUAUUUGGCUUCUUUGCACUUAAUGACUGUCUGAAUUUUACUUGGAAAUUUCGAGGUUGGUCUUAUGUACUCGUAUGGUUGGUGACAGAAUUGGCCAGAAAUCAGAUUUGUGUAUUUCUGAAUCAUCUGUUCAAUUCAAAUAUACGCGUAAUGAUUUAAUUUAAGAGUUUUAUGCAUCGUAUAAGACUUGGGUUUUGCUAUCACUUAAGAUAAUGGGAUUUAUGCACAAUUAAAUCAUAUAGGCAGGAGAUUUGAGGAAAAUCGUCAUCUUUGGCCCUACUAUGAAAUAAACCUACUGAACGAUUACUGUGGGCUACGGUUAUUUCCAGUGAUGUAACUAGAACGAUAAUUUGGGGGGGGAUGAAUACUCAUGUAUCCAUUAUUUCUUGCCAAAGAAACUAAUAGCUUGGUUUUCCUUUCCUUCUUGGCUUAAAAUUAAAUUUUGUAUAAAUCCCAGUUAUCCCACUCGAAAUUAAAACCAUUAACCCACUAGAAGCUACUUCCUAUGAGUGAAGUGCCACAUAUCGUAGUUGAUUUAUCCCAGCUUAAUGCGUUUUUGAAGUAAUGCAGAAUAUUGGAAAAUUAAGGAUGAUGCCAAAUUUAAGUGCAACUUUAUUUUUGCCAAAACACAAGUAUUCGCGACAAUUGAUAUCUCUGGUGCAAUAUCAACAAAUGAUUUAGGUUUUUAUUACAUUUUGCUAUUAAUACUUAAUUAUACAUUCCUCAUUUAUGCAAACUAUUCAACUGAAAGCAACUUACGGUGUCAUGUAAACAAAAUUCAAAGAGGUGUACUGAAACUUAUCCUCUUCGUCUAACUGAUAUAUAUAGCCGUAUAAAAUGAAGCUUGUAUUGAUUUUAGUCGAUAUUGGAUUUCAGAAGCAGCUAUAAGUUUUGUGACUACGUGUUUCGAUAUAGUCAGAGACAAAGUCUUCGUCUAAGAUUGAAACAAUAGCCUACGUCCACGGAUGUCGUUUUCUAUAAAUAUGUUUUCACGUUUGGGCAUCUUUGAGCGAGUAUUUGCCCUGCUAUCCGUGCUCUCGAUUGGAACUAUCAUGAUUCGUUUCUCGGAAGAAGAAGUCCCCACUUAUCGCCAUAUUGAUGUCCUGGCAUACAAUUCAAAACCUACGGUUGCAAACGAUAAUGCGACGAGUGAAAAUAGUGUAGGCAAUGUUGUCAACGCUUCCUCUAGUAGAGAUGUCCAAUCAAGGCUGCAAAAAUUUUCGCCAAAAACUAAAUGCAGAUUACUCGGAAAGGAUUUAAUUGGUCGUCUAGCUGUCGACAAGACCGUUCCAAACAUGGAGGAUAUUGUAAAAUCGUGGAAUAUGACAAACUGGGUACUCAAAGGUGGUGCUUCAAGACCAAAAACAUGCCAGUCACUUAGUAAGGUGGCCAUCAUCAUCCCUUAUCGUAAUCGUUAUCAACAACUAAAGAUAUUCCUGCGCCACUUGCAUCCCAUAUUAAAACGCCAGUUGUUGGACUACCGGAUUAUUGUCGUUGAACAGAACGGAGACACUCCUUUUAAUCGUGCGAUGUUGUUCAAUAUUGGCUACAAGGAAGCUCUAAAGCUUCAUGAUUUUCAAUGUUUUGUUUUUCACGAUGUUGAUUUGAUACCGGAAGACGAUAGGAAUUCAUACGGUUGUCCUUCAAGGCCGAGGCAUCUUUCAGUGGCUGUGGACACGCUCCACUACAGGUUGCCCUACGCGACAAUCUUUGGGGGAGUCUCAUCGCUUACCAAGGAACAGUUUGAAAAAAUCAACGGAUUUUCAAAUAAAUUUUGGGGAUGGGGUGGCGAAGAUGAUGACUUGUACAAAAGGAUCACAGCCGUUGGCUACAGCCUGUCCAGACCAAAUAUAGUGAUCGGUCGGUACACGAUGCUGCAAAUUGGUCAUAAAAGUGCUAAAAAGGAUGAUAGAAGACAUGAAAAAUUGGAAACUUCGGAAGACAGGAUGAGUCGAGAUGGGCUAAACACAUUGAAAUACGAUGUGAUCAAGACAGAGGAACAUCAGUUACACACGCAAUUUACGGUGAACGUCGACCCUGCCGUGGUGUAGUCCGAAUUCCGUAGAGUGGAUCCGAGUUUACCAGGCGGUUGUUUGCUGUCGUGGAAGUUGUUCGGUUUUGUCCCAGAGAAAUCCUCCAAGACCAAGAUGUUGACAGCGCAAACCUAAUCACUUGAAGUCCAGGCCCAGAUGAAAACUGUGCAGAAGAGGCAUUUACACAAGAGGCAAUUUAAUUUAUCUUGAGAUUUUCCUCUUUUGAUGAUGUAAACGAGUGAAAUAGUGAUGAUGAUCAUGCGGCAGAAUUAUUGCGAAAUGGUUGCGCCAAAAUUAUUGAAAAGUUGCAUCGAUAACAACUCAUGAAACGUUAUUAAAGUUCGAAAAAUUCUCAGAAAGUGUCUAAAUGAAUAAUUUUACGAUGUCUGCAUGUGUUGCAAAAUGGUAUAAUAGCAUUCCUGGAAUAUUUCAGUACAAUAAAGGGAAGUCAAAAGAUAUAAUAGAUGAAGUGUUAUUGAGCUAUUUGCUUUGAUGCAAUGCGUUGUAAAGCGUACUGCAUAGUGUUAGAGCUAUCCAGUGAAAUUACAAAAUUGGAUUAACAAUAUAUAUCGAUCAUCAUUACUGAACCUUCCUGAAAAACGGUUUACAACUGAUAAUCUAGUAUAAAUAACGUUGGUUCAGAUUAGAUUUCUUCCUGUAGUAACACUGAAUCAGAAUGUAACAGAAACAGUGACUGAUAGGGCUAUCCAUUUUUGCUAAAGUUUAGCUAGAUGUUAUUGUGGUGACACUGGAUCAAUAACACAAAUUCCACCUGUGGUAAUAGUACUGCGUGGGCGAAGCAUACGGUGUAUAUCAGAAUAUAGUAACUAA